AUGGCGUCGUAUCUGGGUGGCAGGAAUGCCCGCGGCGUCACCAAAGCCCAGCUCGACGAGGUGUGCCGCGUUAUCCGGAGCACCCCGAUCAUCGACAACCAUGCUCACCCCCUGCUCAAAACCGAGAUGCUCAGCCGGAAGCCCCUGCUGAACAUGGCCACAGAGGCCCACGGGGACGCCAUCCACGCCACGACCACCAGCCUGGCCCACCACCGCGCCGUGAAGCAGCUCGCCUCCGUCCUCGACUGCGGGCCGACGUGGGAGUCGGUCGUGGCGGCGAUCGAGCAGAAGCGCAUCGAGUGCCCGGACGACUGGGUGUCCGAGUGCCUCGACGGCAUCGAGACGAUCCUGCUCGACGACGGCCUCGACGACGAGGACGACGUGUACGACUACGCGUGGCACAACAACUUCACGCGCGGCGGCAGCUGCAAGCGCAUCGUCCGCAUCGAGGCCGUCGCGACCGAGAUCAUCGACCGCCACGGCCGCGCCUUUGACCAGGACGGCCCGGACGUCGACGACGUCUUCGACAACAUGCUCGAGGAGUUCGACACCCAGAUCAAGCAGGCGAUCGCCGACCCCGAGGUCGUCUCGUUCAAGUCGGUCAUCUGCUACCGCACGGGGCUGAAGGUGCCUAAGGUUGUCGACAUCGCCGCGGCGAGAGAGUCGUUUGCCGACAUCAUGAUGGGCUACGAGGAGAGCGGCAAGUUCAAGCGGCUCCAGCACGAGGGCCUCAACGACCUGUUCGUCCACCACACCGCCGUCCUGAUCCGGCAGAGCCAGGCCCGCCACAAGAAGCCGAUCCAGUUCCACACGGGGCUCGGCGACAACGACAUCACCCUCGCCAAGGCUUCGCCGUCGCACCUGCAGGAGUUCAUCCGCGCCUACCCGACCGUGCCGAUGGUGCUCCUGCACGCCAGCUACCCCUUCACGCGGGAGGCCGGGUACCUGGCCAGCGUCUACGCCAAUGUCUACGCCGACAUUGGCGAGGUCUUUCCCUUUGUCAGCCGGGACGGGCAGGAAGGCGUCAUCAGGCAGAUCCUGGAGCUCUGCCCGUGGUCCAAGAUCCUCUGGAGCACAGACGGACACUGGUUCUCGGAAACGUACCUGCUGGCGGUCAUGCAGGUCCGCGAGUGCUUGGAGACGGUGCUGUGCGAUUACGUUCGAAAAGGGCACUUGGGCUGGCGGGCGGCGGUCCAGCUGACGAGAGACGUCUUCUUCAACAACUCGAAUAAACUCUACCAGCUGGAGCUCGAGUUCGAGGAGCUUGACAGCGACGGCCUCACGACGCCGGGAAGCGCGCCAGAUGGCAGGCGGACGGACCUCGAGGUGUUGGAGUUCUUCAUGAGGGGUCGCGAGAUUCCCGAUUUUGUGCGGAUCUCCUGGCUCGAUUACACGGCGACCCCUCGCAUGCGCAUGGUGCCGUACGGUCGAUUUGUCAGUCUGCUCGAGGAGGGAAAGCCGGUCGACAUUGGCAUCACAAAGGCCGCGCUCGGUCUGCUGCAGAAUGACACGAUGGUUCAGGGAGCGAGUGCGACAGGAGAGUACAGGAUACAUCCGGACUUUUCGUCCCUGAAGCCGGGGCCGAUUCAGGGGCACAUCAGCAUGUGCGGCGAGUUCCGUGAGAAAGACGGGUCCCGGGUCGCCCUGUGCCCACGCUCGCAGCUGAUUCGCGCCACGGAACUGGCCCUCCAGCAGGAGCUCAAGUUUCUCAUCGGGUUUGAAAUAGAGUUUCUCCUCGUCCAGCGCACCGGGACCGGGUCGGACAGGCGAUACGAGACCCUGACCAACGACGGCCACUCUUGGUCUACGUCACACUACUUCGCCGACCCCAAGGUCUCGGCUCUGCUCAAGAGCAUGGCCACCGACCUGAACAGCAUGGGAAUCCAAGUCGAGCAGAUCCACACCGAAAGCGCGGCCGGGCAGUUCGAGCUCACACUCGCUCCGCUGCCGCCGGUCGAGGCCGUCGACACCCUCGUACACGCGAGAGACGUCAUGUCGGCCCUCGCCGUGGCCGCAGGCUACAAGAUGACGCUGCACCCCAAGCCGUUUGCCCACGCGGCCGGGACGGCCGCGCACGUGCACAUGUCCAUCGCGAGCCCCCACGGCGACAGGCCCAAGGUGUACGAAGCGUUCUACGCCGGCAUCCUCCGGCACCUGCACGCCCUCACGGCCUUCACGGCCAGCAGCCCGGCCAGCUACGAGCGGCUCGCGGACAGCGUGUGGGCGGGCGGGCGGUGGGUGGCCUGGGGCACGCAGAACCGCGAGGCGGCGCUGCGCAAGAUCGAGGGCAGCCACUGGGAGCUCAAGUCGAUGGACGGCCUGGCCAACCCGUACAUGGCGCUCGGUGCCGUGCUGCUGGCCGGCGCGGCCGGCGUCGUGCGCGGCGAGGAGAUGGUCUGGCGCGACUGCGAGCUCGACCCGGCGCGCAUGACGGACAACGACAGGCGCGAGAUGGGCGUGCGCGACCGGCUGCCCGAGUCCCUGGGGCAGGCGCUCGAGGCCCUGCGCGCCGACGGGGACCUGGUCAAGAUCAUCGGCCCGGAGGUGGUGGAGAGGUACGUCGCUGUCAAGGAGGCCGAGGCCAGGAUGCUGGCCGAGAUGGGGGAGGAGAAGAGGCGCGAGUGGAUUAUGGAGCGGUAUUGA